CUUCUCUCCUCCCCAAUCCAAUCGACCUCAAGAUACCUCCAACACAGGAAAGCCUGUUGAGCUAGUGCCAAUCCGUGGAGGUACUUUGAGACGGAGAUGUACUCUGCCAGCAUGAUCAGCUCAGCCGCCCCCUCGCCGACCGUAGCCUACAACGACGAAACAACGAGAAUGAGGAUGGGAUACACAUAUCCCGACGAGAACAAUCAAGACCGUCGUAGCGAAGUCUGGAUCACCUUCCAUGGAACAAAAUAUAAGAGCAACACUCACGAAGUAUCGCCCAGAAGCUCCCUGCACGACGGUCCAGGAUAUGAAGAUGGCCUACUGAACGCGUCAAACUUCGCCUUCGAGACACGAAUCCCUGAACUGAGGUAUAUCAAACCGCAGAGAUGGCAGGGACAGGUGUACCCGCUGUGGAAAGCGAAGUUUGGAGCGGUCCAAUCGACUGACACCAAGGAGAUUGUCAGACGGAAGCUCAAAGAAGAGAACCAGAAGAGAAAGGCCGACCAUGAUUCUCAGAACCCCAACAAGAAGACGAAAGUAACGACCAUCGCCAACGACAUCGCAUCAGACACAGAUGAAAAGGACGACACUGUCUACAUGAAUGCAAAUGCCCUUUUCGAGCGCUUCUACGAAUUCGACAAGACGCUCUCAAAGAACGCAUACGAACGAGUUGGACUGUGCCUCCAAUACCGGGACAGUCUUACGAAACCGCCUCCAAUUGCCCUCCUUAGACAGCUGCAUGAGAAUGGGAAGGACUUCGCACGCCAUGAUCCAGCCAAGGUAUGGACCGAUCCAGCAUGGGUGAAAUUCCUCGAAACGCAUGCACCCGACUCGAUGAGCGCGAGGGAUACAUAUCUCGCUUGGCGCGCAGACAUUGACAAGUGGCGCGAGGAUCUCGCACGCAUGCUCAAGAAGUAUUCGGAGUGA